GUUAGUUAGCGGAGCAGCUCGCGGGCUGCAGACAGAGGGAUGGUCUCGCGCUCGGCGGGCAGCAGCAGGUCAUGUCCGCGCGGCUGGAGACCUGCCCGCGUGUCACCUUCAGCGGAGCGGGAUCUGCGGCGGCUCCGGUCCGAGGACCCGAGGCGAGGAUGGGCGGGGAGGCGUGUCCUCACAAACUAGGAUCCACCAAUCACCUUCGGCUUCUCCUCUACAUCCUGAUUCCCACCGUGAGCCUGCUGGCCGGCCUCCUACUGCUCGUCCUGGUCCUCACCGGUAUGUUUGGGAGCAGCCACUUAGACUCCAGCCUCCUCCACUCACCCAAACCCAUCGCAGACAGCGACCCUGGUUACCACAGCAACAGCACAAGCGACCCCGCCCCCUCCUCGUUUGCAGAUGAAAACAUCACGUAUUCGCCGCAGAACAGCAACGACAGCAUCGCCGACCGCAGCCAGAGCACACCUGCCGCCGUUUCCCCAGUGACCUCUUCUCAGGCACCGCCCACUCAGCCCUAUACAACAACUCCUGAUUGGCUGGCCUCUGUGACAUCACUGAGCACCGCCUGGCUUAGCAGCACCACCUCAGCACCAGACACAGGUAGCUGUCAGCUGAUCGUGGAGCCUCAGUGCCACAUGCUGCCCUACAAUCAGACGUGGCUGUCCUCCUCCGUCGCCGUGGUGAAGAGCUCAGAGGUCGACAUGUUGCUAAGGUUCUUCAGCUACCUCAGCAGACUCUCCUGCUACAGACACAUCAUGCUCUUUGGCUGCUCGCUGGCGCUGCCUGAGUGCAUCGCAGCUGACGGCACACACAACAGGAUGGUCGUGUUGCCUUGCGCGUCAUUCUGCGAGGCAGCGCGAGAAGGCUGUGAGCCCGUCCUGCAGAUGUUUAACGCCUCCUGGCCCGACUUCCUGCGCUGCUCACAGUUCAGCAACAGCACCUCUGCUUCGUCACCGCCAUCAUCACCUUCAUCACCUUCAUCACCUUCACCUACAGGAGUCCUCACGCCACCUGCCUGUUACACACCACGACACAUCAAAGGGAAACCCUCUGUGUGCGGCGGGAAAGACCAUUACCUGUGCGCAACGGGGAUUUGUGUCCCUCAGAAACUGGUGUGUAACGGCUACAAUGACUGUGACGACUGGAGCGACGAAACACACUGCGUGUGUGCAGAUGGAGAGUUUCGGUGUAACACUGGUCGGUGUCUCUCGCCCGCUCUGGUCUGUGAUGGUUAUGAUGACUGUGGAGACCUGAGCGAUGAACUCAACUGUGUGUGCAACGUGGCUCGGGAGCAUCGGUGUGGUGAUGGGCGUUGUGUGUCCAGAGACUGGCUGUGUGACGGAGACCACGACUGCCUGGACAAGAGUGACGAACUCAACUGCUCCUGUAAAAGCCAGGGUCUGCUGGAGUGCAGGAACAGUCAGUGCAUCCCUUCUGCGUUUCGCUGCGAUGGCGAGGACGACUGCAAAGAUGGCAGCGACGAGGACAACUGCACCACAGACCAGACUCAGGGUGGGUGCGUUCCCGGUCAGCCCAGCUGCAUCUCCACUUCCUGUCAGCCAGCCUGUACGGGCAGCAACGCCGUGUGUGACCCCCGAAACAACGGCAGCUGCACUCGGUGUGAGCCCAUCAGCCUGGAGCUGUGCAUGAACCUGCCCUACAACCUCACCAGCUUCCCCAACUACCUGGGUCACCUGUCCCAGAGAGAGAGCUCCGUGUCCUGGGAGUCCUCGCUGUUCCCCGCCCUGGUGCAGACCGGCUGCUACCAGUACCUCAUGUUCUACGCCUGCACACUGCUGGUGCCAAAGUGUGACCCGGUCAGCCUGCAGAGGGUCCCGCCCUGCAGGUCUUUGUGCCGUAAUGCAAAGGAGAAGUGUGAGUCGGUGCUGAGCAUUGUGGGACUGCAGUGGCCUGAGGACUCCGACUGUAAUCAGUUUCCAGAGGAGGGAGGAAACACGACCUGCCUGCUGCCGGAGGCCGGAGUGGACGAGUGCUCCCCGAGCCACUUCAAGUGCCGGUCGGGUCGCUGCGUGCUGGCAAGCAAACGCUGCGACGGACACCUGGACUGUGACGACCACAGCGACGAGGACAACUGCGGCUGCACUGAGCGCGCUCUGUGGGAGUGUCCCGGCAGUACGGUCUGCAUUAAAGCCAGCAUGAUCUGUGAUGGGUUCCCAGACUGCCCCCAGCUGGUGGACGAGGCCAACUGCUCGGUGUGCAGGGAUAACGAGCUGUCCUGCAACAACCAUCAGUGCGUUCAUCGGACCCUGUGGUGCGAUGGAAAGAAGCACUGCUCAGACAGCUCCGAUGAAUGGAACUGUGUGUCGCUGUCCGAUCGGUCGGGCUCUGUGCUGACGGUGUUUAAGACGGCAGCAGAGUAUCAGGUCUGUGCAGACGAGUGGAACCACGAGCUGAGCAAACUGACCUGCAACCAGCUGGGACUAGGGAUUCCCUCCUCUGUUUCCAUGGUACCCGAUCAGCCUGGCGUCCCCGGCCGUCGCCGCUGGUUACACGUCCACCCUGAGUGGCAGCAGAAGAAUGGCUCCGCCCUGCAGGCCCGGCUGGAGAAGAGAAGCCACGCGUGUCACUCCAGGAGGAGAGUUUCAGUCCUGUGUACCAGAGAAGAGUGCGGUCUGCGCCAGGCAGUGGGCAUCCACCCUCACAGGAAGAAACGGAUUCUGGGUGGCCGGGUGUCCCGGCGGGGGGCGUGGCCUUGGCAGUGCUCACUGCAGAGCGGUCAGAGCGGGCACGUCUGCGGCUGCGUCCUCAUCGCCCGGCGGUGGGCGCUGACUGUCGCUCACUGCUUCGAAGGGAGAGAGAGUGCAGAUCUGUGGAAGGUGGUGCUGGGCCUUAACAACCUGGACCACCCGGGCGGUCACAGCCAGAGCCGCGGGGUGCGCUCCAUCAUCGUACACCCGCGCUACAACCGGGCGGUGGUGGACUACGACAUCAGUAUAGUGGAGCUGGACUCUGAGGUUGAGGACACGCCCUUCGUCAGGCCGGCGUGUCUGCCUCGGCCCGGCCAGCUGCCUUUAGCCGACUCCUACUGUUACAUCACCGGCUGGGGUCACAUGGGCAACAGGAUGCCCUUCAAGCUGCAGGAGGGGGAGGUUCGGAUCAUCUCGCUGUCUCAGUGUCAGUCCUACUUCGACAUGAAGACCAUCACUCCCAGAAUGCUUUGUGCCGGUUAUGAAGCUGGAACCGUCGACUCCUGCAUGGGCGACAGCGGCGGCCCGCUGGUGUGCCAGGAGGACAGCGGGCGCUGGACGCUGUUCGGCCUGACGUCGUGGGGCAGCGUGUGCUUCAGUAAAGUGCUCGGACCCGGAGUUUAUAGCAACGUGACCCACUUCACCCCCUGGAUCCAGCAACAGAUCUACAUCCACACAUACCUGAGUGACUGACACACACACACCAAACGCUUCCUGCUCCAAGCGCUCGUUCAUUCCAGGAGGAAGUGAUGUCAUCAUCAGCCACAACACACGUUCAGUUCCUCUACCUGUGCCUAUAUCUGUACUGAUAGCCUUCAGGCGCUGCAGCAGCAGCAGCACUGUAACAAAGUAGCUAGCUAAUGAGUAGAAACGACGUCCAUUCGAUCAGUCACUAAAGUCUGAACUCUACUUUUAGGAUUUUUUUGGCUCUGCAGAGUCGAGGCCGCACAGUGGAACCACAGUGGAACCACUGCUCAGUGCUUCAUGUUGGUGUCAGCACCAAAGCCUGCAGUUCCUCUAACAUCCUCGCUGUCGGCUAGCUUUACCCCAGCUAAUCAGAGUCACUGAAAACUCCCACAGCACUCUGACAUGAAGGGUUCUUAAUGUGAAGUUUCACUUCCUGGUUAAAUAAAGUGAGUUGUUUACUUUCAGACGUCUAACCUAUGAAACAGUGAGCUCUGGUAAUCCCCUUAAACUCCAACAUGAAGCUUUCAGCAGUCGUUUCACAGCUGUUUGUUUCUCAGAUUGUUACAAAUUAUCAUUGCUUUUCUCUUCAUCCAUAAACACUAAUCUCAUGCCUCGGUCACACAGGCCUAAAGACCACUCGGUCACCACGGUAAGAUGUGUAUUCCCCGACCAGUUGGCGAGUGUUAGCUGGAGUUUAAAGGGUGAAACUGGUGCUGCACAUAAACCUCGUGUUAUUGCUUUGGUCACUAGCAUAUUGCCAUGGUUGCUCGUAGUUUGGAUGGAAGACAGCAACUUGUCUGCAAAUACUCACCAACUACUUGCAGAGUGUUAGUAAAACUUUAAAACGUCUAACACCUGGCAAGUAGUCGGUGAGUAUUUGCAGACAACCUGCUACAUGCUAGCAACCAAAGCAAAUACCAGGAAGUUGUUGGUGCAGCGCCCUCUUAUGGAGCGAGUUCACCCAGCAACCACUCUGCAGCUGGUCAGGUUUCUGACCUGUCUCUUGGUAUGUGGGAUUGAGCAGCAGUUCAGAGGAAAAACCCAGCUGUGUGAUGUUCAUAUGCACACACACUCUGAAGAAACUACUGGAGCUAAAACUUUUAAUUAGCAUAAAGACAGAAAAACUCCAUCUCAGUCAUUUUAUGAGCUACUCUCCUGGAAAUACUCCUCAAAGUGACCUGAGAGAAAGUUUCACACUCUGAUGUGAUUAUUAAUUAUCCUGUUUUAUUUAAAAGGUUUAUUGAUCACCAGGCUGAGCAGAUGCUUAAAGUAAAAUCAAUUUUUCUGCUCUUUGAUCUUUAUGAGGCCAUGGAGAGCCCCACCCACCUGCUCUAAAGUGGGAGGAGCUAAAACAGGUUGUUACUGACAGAUGAUGACCUGAAGGGCUGCACCAAUGCUCGUUAUAAAUAGGGAUUAUUAUAAACUGUGGCUCAUGCUAAGCUGCUCUAGUCCAGGAGUGAAAAUAUGGAGCUGGAAUGAGCAGAAUAGGUAAACUUUAAAGAACGACCUGACUCAUCAUAUCCUGCUUUUUAGAUUAUUUUAAUAAGAGCAGUCCAUGAUUAGUGGCUGUUGCAGCUGUGGUGGAGAGAACUGAGGACUGUUUCCCGGAGAGUAGCUGUGAGAUUUAAAAAGCAUUACCGAACAUUAUCACAUCGAUAUUCAGGCGAUAAGCACUGAAGCUGCUAAAACAGACCAGCCGAGCACUCAGUUUCCCACAAUGCUUCACUCUAUAGUGCCUAGCAGUUAAAAAACAAAAAGAAAAAAACAACUUUGUUACCUGUACAAUGUCGUACUGUACGUGUGUGUCUGCGUGUAAGCUGAUGUGUGCGCGUGCUUCAAACCACACCGGCAACUUAUCUCGGGCAACUUUGAUGGCCAACAUGUAACACUUUGUUCUCACAGCUGUUCGAGCCCCCCCGCAGCGUUCUGUAUGAUAGUAAUGAAAUUAAAACAAGCUUUAUUUUUGUAUAUAACCCACUAAGAUGUAGUUACAAGCUGUGUUUAUUCAUGUUUGUUUACCAUGAUGAAAAAUGUCUUCAAAGGUGACGUCUCUGGUUACAGAUAUAUCAGUGACGUUAAUAACAUGCUUAUUAUAAAUGAUGAAUUAGGGGACUUAAAGUCUUACCCAGUUUUCCUCUAAAAGCAACCUAAAUGUUAAAGCGCAGAAAAAGCUAAUAUUUAAACUGCCUACGAAGCAUAACUGUAAUGUAAUGCUAAUGUUUCCACAUUAGCAUGAACUCAAAUGUUAGCAUCAGACAGCUUUUUCUCAUUUACAGGACGGAGUGUAGUUAAAGCUAGCAGACUAACACAAACGAUUAACUGCCAGAUUAGCGCCAGCUAGAAUACGAAGCACAAAUGUAGCACAGCGUAGAGCGUUCAGUGGUGUGUUUUCAUAGCGUUAGCACUGAGCUACGUUAGCUUCUGCUGUCUAUUUACAAGCCGUUUAGGUCCAACUGUUCAACUGUAGCAGUUUUCUCAUUGUAGCUAAACUAGAAGCAUAAAAAUAUUAAAGGUUCACACAUUAAAACUUAUAACAGACACUUUGUUUGCAGUUUACACGUUUUUACAGACGAGUCUUUAAAUAUGGCGGCCUUGGGGGACAACACUUUUUUUUGUUUUUUGUUGCAGUACUGCGAGUGCCCACCGGGGUUUUGUUCACCUCUAAUUAUGUGCAUGGUUCAUGCUUUAAGCUAACACUGAACUCACACAGUUAUUAAUUUUGUACUGAGCCUGGCAGGUGUGAUCAUAACAUAUGUAAUAAUCUUUACACAGACAGCAAAACAGCGUCCAUGCCACCAAAUAUAAUCCAAACUCAGGCCUCAGUCACACAGACCUAGAGACCGGUUGGUGACCGCCUGACACCCUGUGGUCACAAAGGAAAAAUGUGUGUUCCUCGACCGGUCAGCGAGUGGUUGCUGGCUGUCGGCAGGUGAAAUCAGUCACUAAGAAGCUGCUCCACCACAAAGCUCCUUGUGAUCGCUUUAGUCAUGAGCAGAUUGUGGUGGCCAUCCAUAGUUUGCAUAUAAGCGGUGGUUGCCAACCAGUCUCUAGGCUGGUGUGGCUGCAGUGUUAGGCUGCUGGGAGAGCACCGGGUGGAGCAUGCAGUGAUUUCUGUUUCCCUCUGACAGUCACAAAGCAGUGACAGCCAGCUUUGUUUCAGAGUUUGUUAAACCUGAGAUAGGAACAGUCUGGAUUCAGACAGGGAAAGCUCGUCCCCGGGUAUUUGUUAAAACAAAUGUGGAACUGUUCCAUCCUUCAUGAUUAAUUUCUCUUCUCAACCUUUCUUGUUGUCCUGUUAACCCGGUGGAAGAGUUGCCCAACAGAUUGCCCCGUUGACCUUCCGUGCUGAGGUCUAACUCACAUCCUGAACAUUCCAAGUUGCUGCUGAUGUUGUUUUGUGUGUUUGGUUUUUUAAGAGUAUUUUUCUACAGCUUUUGUAUGUCAUGCUUCCUACACAGGGCUGUUGGUGUGUGUUUGUGUGUGUGUGUGGGGUCACAGUCACGUGUAUGACUGCGUGUUUGUUUCUUCCUGAUUUAGCUCUUAUGACUUUGUUGUCACGAUGAUGAUGAGUAAUGUUUGAGUAUAUAGAUUUAAAUGCUUCAUGGACACACUGUAGCCUCUGAUGUUUUGUGUAAACAGUGAAUAUUUGGUUUAUAUCAUCUUGUAUCACACCAAUAAACUUA